AUGGCUGAUUGUGUUGACGGAUGGAGGGAUGCUGGUGACCUGAUGCUGGACGACAUCCUCCUGGACAACGUGGCCGUGACGUCCCUAGGAAAUAUAGGUGGCAAUUACACGGAGGAGAAGAAUGCCGACAUAUCUCCUGUUCCAUAUGCCCUCUCCUACGAAAGGUCCAUGGAUCUGACCUUUUCGCAUCCAGUCGACAACCUCCACGCUGAUUUGAUCUACAAGAAACCUGUACACGGUGUGAAGUGGGGUAUUCUGCUGCUCUGUUUCCAAUGGCAGAUAUAUGCACUGGGCUUUGCUGUGCUGGUUUGGGUUGCUGUUAUUUUUCAUACAUUACAGAAGGCCAGCGAGUGGUUGUUCCCCCAUAGAAACAAUCUAUUUGUAUCGAAGACUGCACUCAUCUUAGGUGUUCCAUUAAAACAGGGUUCGCCUGUAUUACCACCAGCAGACUCACAUCGUGUCCUGUUCAGUUUCUGGUGGAUAUUUUGUGUUGUCAUCACGUCUGUAUAUUCCGGUAACCUCAUCGCCUAUCUAGCCGUCGCCAAAGAUGAUGUUCCAUUCACGGGGAUGGGCGAUGUUCUGGAAAGUGGGUACAAGUUGGGAGUAGAUGCAGGAAGCCUUGAAGAGUCAAUGCUGAAGAAUUCAAAUAACUCGCUUUACAAACGACUAUGGCGGAAGAUACUAGAACACAGUCCUAAAAAUAUGACGGCUUCUGAAGAUGAAACCUUCAACAACAAUCAACUGGAAUCUGGUGGAUAUGCCUUGAUAACAAAUGUGCAUAUCAUCGAGAAAUAUAUGGCCAAAAGAUGUGAUAUGGUGGCAACCAAAGAGAAAUCAUUCCAGUCCUAUGCGUCACUUCCCCUGCCGAAACAAUCUGCCUUGGCCGGAUUGUUUGAUCCUGAAAUAUUGUCCCUGGUGGAGAAGGGUCUCACAAGAUAUUGGUUGGAUCUUGCAAUUUCCAAGAGAAAACAAUGUGCGACUGAGAGACAAGACAGAAUCCAAAGAGUAGAUUUGUUCCUGGUGUUUGUGACGUCCGGAAUCGGUAUAGCAUCAGGAACUGUCGCCUUAUUUGUGGAACAUGCUAUAUUUCGAUACCACAGAGGAAUGGGUCAUGCCUAA